GUUCUCCAGUCAGGCAAAUAAAACGCGUUAGUGAAUUGCGGCUAAUUUGCCCUCCAAUUUUUGUGCAUUUUUCAUUAUAGUGCAAACAAUGUUACACAGCAGAGGAAACAAAACGAUAAUAAUUGUUUGCCUUCAUUAAACUUGUGAACAUAACGCAAUCUCUUAGUGAAAAAAAUACGAUAUAAAACUUGCAUCAGUGGAAUAGGAGAGCUUUUUGCUAGAAAAUUUUGUGAUUUCCAAGUUAAAAAAGAAAAAUUUUGAUCUGUCGUGCUUGGAGGUCUCUCAACUUUCUUUUCGAGUCAUGACAUUAAUUAAGUGAUCCAUUUGGUUCCUUUCUCGCGUCCCUUCCUCCAAACGACCCCGAUCAAGCGGCGUGGUCACCUUAUCAGGUUCCCAUUCCCAUCAGACCAAGUGCCAGUUUAACAAUUACGUUCCAAUCAAUACGGGCAGCCCCUCGGAUAAUCUCCUUAGAUUAUCGACGCGGCGGAAGGUGUGGUGCGUGUGAUGCAAAUUGGCAAAAUAAUCAAGCGAAAGUAGGAUCUCCACCGAGUUUGUGAAGCUAACCGAGCCUACGCACAUUAUCGAUGGGAUUAAAAACAACGAUGUUAAUUGUGUAGUUUUAAUAGUAAUAAUUAAGUUUAUAAUAAUUAGUUUAUAUAACACACGUGAUCUAAAUAAUGUUAUCUUGUCAUUUAAAAUAAUUCACACCGUAAACUGUGUAAAGAUGUGUUCACUCUUUCUUGCUAACCUACGCCAUAGUUAAACUAUAGCAUUGGCGCAAGUUGCUAAAACCCCUUUAAGAUUUGAGAAAUUGUUUUUCAUAUAUAGAAUAAUAGAAUGAUUAAUUUAUCUGGGAAUUUGUUACAAUUUAAUCUGAGGAAUUAAACAAUUGAAAUCAGAUUGAUAUUAACGCCAUUAAUAUAAAUUUCGAGUUUGACUUUCAAUUUACAUUCGGGGUAUACUUAUAUGAUGUGUGAAAGUUUGUAGUGGAUUUAAUUUCCCAUCUGAAUAUGUGUGAAUCUAAUGGUUUGCAAGUCUCGUAAACUGUAAAAAUUUGUGUAUGCACGUGACUCCUCAUUAUUUAACGCAACUCUUGUAAUUAAAUACUUAAAUUAGCCCAAUUAGCUCACGGGAAGUUUGUAAAAUUGAAUUUGGCAAAAGAGAGAUUUUUACAACAGGAAGUGGAGGGUACUAUUUGAGGACAUUUUGACUUGAUUUGAUUGGUUAUUGCUUAUUUAUUAGGAUUUUUUAUAUAAUUGAUUCAGUUUAAUCCGUGUUAAUUUGCAAUAACUUACUUUACUACUUAGUUUGCGAGUUUAUAAAAUGGGGAGCUUAGAUUAUUUAAAUAAUUUAUCUUGGGCGACAACACCUUCGUCAGGCACGCCUGCAAAAAUUGACGCAGUUGUAGGCAAAAGGUACAACUUGCGAAGUUACGUGCAGUCGUCCCAGUCAACCGUAAAUGCAGAUUUAGUUAAUUUUGACGUUCCCCCAAUUUCAAAUGGAAGACCCUCCCUUUUAACGAAAUUUGAUCCUCUUUUGGCCCACGCUGGAAAAUCCCCCGACGAAUCCAUACCACUCGAAGAGAUAGAAGCAGGAGAAAGUGAUGAGGCUUCCCCAUUAGCAGAAAGCGGAACAAAUACAAAGUCUACCGCGUAUGAGAAAAUCCGAUAUUUUCUGACCCAGAACUCUCCCGCAAGUCGAGACCUCAUCCUCGAAGUAGUCUCCCAGCGAGGAUGCAAAAAACCGGCCAUUUAUACGGCGCUUCGUCGAGCGGUAGAAGUAAAAUUGAUCCUCGGCGACAAAGACGGCCACUAUUUACCUGUGGAAGUAACUAAACCCUUACCGUCAGAAUAAUCCUAAAGUGAAAUGUUUUUUUUUCAAAUGACUACCAACCAACUUGAAAAACAGUGUAUAACUUUUAUAUGUAUACAUAUGGAAAACUGUCCAAGUAGAAAAUUUUACUGUUGCUAACUAGUAUGUACAUACUACAUAAUAUGUACAAACAUGAUCUCUAUGUAUACACCCACCACCACUUUAUUAGUCGAUAGAACUAGUCAUGUCGCAAUUGAUUAAUCCUAAAAUCUUGUUGAAUGUUGUAAUUGUAAGCAUCACUUUUCUGCUUUUGUACAUCUUCUUGUGUAACAACGUUAUUUGGGAAUUCUUACUCUCAUACAUAAGCACACGACUUAUUUUUAUUGUAAAAGACAUGACGUAUAUUGUAAUAUAUGAGAAAAUACGUUAAACAAUGUAAAAAUAUUUUAUCAAGGUGAAUCUCACAAUUAAUUUUUUAUGAAACUAGUCAUUUAUCCGUUUUUAUGUAAAAAGUAAUUUAAAUUUGAUGACAAAUGAACGAUUUUAUGGUUAUAAAAAUACAUUUCGACUUUUGUAUCUAUGCUAUGCUAUGCCAUACUACUUGUGUGUAUUAUCUCAAUUUCAAAACAGUCUAAAAAAACUUUGUUAAUUUAAUCGUAUUUCGGCAGGUAAACUUUCGCGUGUAAUUAUGUACAAGAGAAAUUUGCAUAUUGAUGUACAUAGUAUUUUCGCAUAUGAAAAUAUUCGCAAUAUGAACCAUGCAAGUUUUAAUAAAAUGUCAACUGCUUCUGCAUACACACGAAC